GGGGUUUUAUAUAGGCACAGCAAAAGCAAGAAUGGAGGAGUGAGAUGAGGAAGAGAGGAGAGAAAAGAAUGGUUUUUGACCAUUUCAAUGUCCUUAAGCUGUUCAUAUCCGUUUUGCAGAAAUAGAGGGUUGCUAAAUUAAGGCAACAUGAAAACAAACCAGCUUCUCUGAGAGAAAAACAAAGAGAGGAAAAAUCUUUUCCCCCGCAAAUAUGGCGGCAUUGUUAGGUAGGCAAGGAUCUCCCCUGCUGUCCCUCUCUUCCCCUCCAAUCCUUCUUACCAAAACUAACAGAUCCAUCAAAACCCAAUGUUUUAGAGAAGAACCCCUUCUCUUCCAAAGUUUUGUUACUCCUUUCUAUUUCAUCCUCCUCACCCAGGAGGAAUGGAGAUGGAAAAGAAACCGAGAGGACCACCCGAAACCAAACUCUCUAUGCUGUUUCCGCAGUCGCCGUUGUCGUCAUCAAUGGCGAUCCUCCUGGUUCUUUUCUGCCUCUUCCUCAUGACGGGCGCCGCCUCCGUCCCCUUCACCCCUGCGGACAACUUCCUCAUUGACUGCGGCGCCACCUCCUCUGUCGCCCUCCCGGACGGUAGGAUUUUCAAAACAGACCGGCAGGCUGCCCCUUUCCUCACCGCCCAGGAUGACAUUCCCAUAUCGGUCCGCCCCUCCGAAGCGCCUUCGCCCCUUCUCCAGACCGCGAGGAUCUUCGUCCAGGAAGCGACUUACGCCUUCCAGAUGUCUCAGCCGGGCUGGCAUUGGAUCCGCCUCCACUUCUUCCCCAUGAAGAGCGAUACGUUUGACCUCCAGCACGCCACCUUCUCCGUCGCCACCGAAAGCCUAGUUCUCCUCCACAACUUCAAUGUCAAUAACAGCACCCAGGUGGUGAUCAAGGAGUACCUUGUUAAUGUCACGAAGAAGAAUUUCACCCUCAAGUUUACCCCGAUGAAGAACUCUCACGCUUUCAUCAAUGCCAUUGAGGUCGUCUCAGCUCCAGAUAGUUUGAUCAGCGACGUCGGCUCCGCCCUCUUCCCUGUGGGGGACUUCCCGGGCCUGUCCCAAUCCGCAUACCAGACCAUUUACAGGACUAACAUGGGAGGACCCCUGAUCACGCCCCAAAACGACACCCUCGGACGAACAUGGAUACCUGACCAGCCUUACCUCAAGGCCCAAGUUCUCGCCAAGAGCGUCUCCGUCUCUCCCAGUGUCAUCACUUACGCCGAGGGCGAGUCCCCGUUGAUCGCCCCCCAAUGGGUGUACGCAUCUGCUGUUGAAAUGGCUGAUGCUCGCACCACAAACCCUAAUUUUAAUGUGACUUGGGAUUUUGAUAUUGAGCCCGCAUAUGGGUACUUGAUCAGGCUGCAUUUCUGCGACAUUGUCAGCAAAUCUCUCAAUGACCUCUAUUUCAACGUCUACAUCAAUGGAAAAAUGGCCAUUUCUGGGCUGGACUUAUCCACCGUGACCUCGGCGUUGGCAGUCCCUUACUACAAGGAUAUCGUGGUGAAUGCGUCGAUGAUGUCAGAUCAGCUCACCGUUCAGAUCGGUCCGAUGAACCAGAACACCGGAGCAGUAAAUGCCAUUCUCAAUGGUCUAGAAGUCCUGAAAAUGAACAACUCUGUUGGGAGUUUGGAUGGAGAGUUUGGGGUGGAUGGCAGGGCUGCGCAAACCUCCAACCCCAAAACAGUGGCUGCAGUCGGGUUCGCAAUGAUGUUUGGAGCCUUCGUAGGUCUCGGCGCAAUGGUGUGGAAGUGGAAAAGAAGGCCCGCAGACUGGCAGAGGAGGAACAGCUUCUCUUCCUGGCUUCUUCCCCUGCAUGCCGGGGACACAAGCUUUAUGACAAGCAAGAAUUCGAUGUCGAAGAGCACCUUCAACUCCACCAACGGCCUCGGCCGAUACUUCUCCUUCUCGGAACUGCAGGAAGCCACCAAAAACUUUGAUUCAAAUGCAAUAAUUGGGGUUGGAGGGUUUGGGAAUGUCUACCUUGGCGAGAUUGAUGAUGGGACUAAAGUUGCUGUCAAGCGAGGGAACCCACAAUCCGAACAGGGCAUAACAGAGUUCCAGACCGAAAUCCAGAUGCUAUCAAAGCUCCGGCACAAGCACUUAGUGUCGCUGAUCGGGUACUGUGAUGAGAAUUCAGAGAUGAUCCUGGUUUAUGAGUACAUGUCUUAUGGACCUCUGAGGGAUCACCUCUAUGGCGGGAAGAACUUGCCUCCCUUGUCCUGGAAGAAGAGGCUGGAGAUAUGCAUUGGUGCUGCUCGCGGGCUCCAUUACUUGCACACCGGUGCAGCACAAGGCAUCAUCCACCGUGACGUUAAGACCACCAACAUUCUGCUUGAUGACAACUUCGUCGCCAAGGUUGCAGAUUUUGGGCUGUCCAAAACAGGGCCUACUAUGGAACAGACUCAUGUGAGCACGGCAGUUAAGGGAAGUUUUGGGUACCUAGACCCUGAGUACUUCAGGAGGCAGCAGUUGACAGACAAGUCUGAUGUCUACUCCUUCGGGGUGGUGCUGCUUGAGGUUCUGUGCGCAAGGCCUGCUAUAAACCCUGCCCUCCCAAGAGAGCAAGUGAAUCUGGCAGAGUGGGCAAUGCAGUGGAAGAGGAAAGGCCUGCUAGACAAGAUCAUCGACACCCAUCUCACAGGUUCUAUCAACCCUGAAUCGAUGAAGAAGUUUGCUGAGGCUGCCGGGAAGUGCUUGGCUGAGUACGGGGUUGAUAGGCCUUCUAUGGGAGAUGUGCUGUGGAACUUGGAGUAUGCUUUGCAGCUGCAGGAGGUUUCCUCACAGGGAAAGACUGAGGAUGAAAAUAUGUCCCCUGCUUCUGCCAUUGCUCCUGCUGCUUCUAUUCCUGAUAAUCGCCCUGUUUCCCCGCCGGAAGAGAACAAGAAUCCAGCGGAAGUUCAGGCAAUCGGGGAGCACUCAGGAACAGACAUGUUCGCCCAAUUUGCAAGCCUCAAUGGUAGAUAAACUCUCAAGUUCAGAUAAUUAUAGCUAUUCUUCUAAAUCAACAAAAGGGUAAAUUAAGCAGCAAUUGCUAGCCGUUUCUUCAUGACUGGAUGCAGCUCAAAGGUCCAUGGAUUGAAUUUGUUCUUCCUAGACUCUUAUUUCUCUCUCUCUCUCUCUUGCGUGGGUAUUUAAUUCUAUUUGUCUCAGCAGAACUGUGUGUGGCUCAUUUAGUAUGGUUCAUGUACCAGUAUGGAUGGAUGCAACAUCCAUAACUGUAAAACUUAUGCAAUAUUUUAUAUUUAUAUGAUGAGAUCAUCUAUGUUGUAAUUAUGUUUCUAGGUGAUUGUAUAUACAGCUAACAAAGCUAAUUUCUGCACAAUUUAAAGAAAGAAUGGCCUGUGAUUCCCCC